AUGGAAGAUUUGGAGACUAACUUAAUCCAAACACGCAAAGCAUGUAGAAUAGAGCAAAUGGUAGCAAAAUGGCUUCAUCGCUCUCGGGAUGGUGCAUCCAGGGGCAGAGUGUCUGUGACAGACAGCACCAGUGAUGGCAGUGGCCAGCCUGCCAGCCGUGUCAAACUUACUGUCACAGUAUACAAAGAUUUGGUCCUCCAUCACUACGGCUUUGAGAUUUGUCCAAACCUUCCUCUUACAAUUGCAUCUGUCACUGCAGGGAGCACCGCUGAAGGGAAGCUGCAGCCGGGCGACCAGCUCCUGCUGAUAAACUCCACAGCGGUGGACGACAUGUCUGUCAGACGAGCAGCUGAUAUCAUCAGGGAGGCCGGUGACGAGCUCCUCCUAACCGUCCUGCGCUGCACGUCGGGAGGGCCUAAGUCAUCGUUUCUUACUGCAGAGAAGAGGGCAAGGCUAAAAACAAAUCCUGUGAAAGUACGGUUCGCAGAGGAAGUGCUGGUGAAUGGACACACACAGGGGAAUUCUCUUCUUUGUAUGCCCAACGUUCUCAAGGUGUACUUGGAAAAUGGACAGACGAAGGCUUUCAGGUUUGAGAUGAGCACUACUGUGAAGGACAUUGUUCUCACCUUGAAGGAGAAGCUCUCCAUCCGGAGCAUCGCAUACUUUGCCCUUGCUCUAGAGGAGCAGUACAACGUGGCAAAGAUCCACUUGCUGCAUGAGGAGGAGCUCAUUGAGCAGGUGGUCCAAAAAAGAGAAUCUCACGACUACCGGUGCCUCUUCAGAGUUUGCUUUGUCCCAAAGGAUCCCUUAGACCUCCUGCAGGAAGACCCAAUAGCCUUCGAAUAUCUCUACCUGCAGAGCUGCAGUGAUGUGCUUCAGGAAAGAUUUGCUGUGGAAAUGAAAUGCAGUGUGGCAUUACGCCUGGCUGCUCUGCACAUACAGGAGAGGAUCUAUGCUUGUGCUCAGCCACAGAAAGUAUCCUUGAAAUACAUUGAGAAGGACUGGGGAAUCGAAAACUUCAUCUCACCAACUUUGCUUCGAAACAUGAGAGGGAAGGAUAUCAAGAAAGCUAUCAGCUACCACAUGAAGCGGAACCAGGUGCUACUGGACCCUCGGCAGAAGCAUAUGCUCGCAGCAGUCCAAGUGCGCCUGAGCUACUUGCAAAUACUGGGAGACCUGAAGAUGUACAAUGGGAAGAUCUUUAAUGCCACCCUGAUGCUACAGGACAGAGAAUCGUACGUUGCCUUGCUGGUGGGUGCCAAGUACGGGGUGAGCCAGAUUAUCAAUAAUAAGCUCAACAUCAUAACAAGUCUGGCAGAGUUUGCAAACAUCAGCAGGGUGGAGCUUACGGAGGAGUCUGAAAAAGUGAGCAUGGUGAAAAUCUACCUGCAGGAUCUGAAGCUGCUGACUCUGCUGCUGGAAUCAAACAGUGCAAAAGAUCUUGUCUGCCUCAUCAUUGGCUAUUACAGACUGUUCGUGGAUGCAAAUGUCUCCAUAUUUACCUGGGGAGAGAAAAACCAGCAACUGCACCGUGUCUCAGCUGAAGAAGGGUACGAAUCUCGAACCUGCAGUGACUCUGAAGACUCCUGGGAGCUGGAUUCCUCCUCAGAGCAUUGCUUGGACACUCCUAUAGCAUACAGCAGUGCCCAUCCUGAGUGCAACGAGGAGCUCAGAGAGCUCCACAGCCUGGAGAAGGACAGAACAAAGCCCCAAGCUGGAGGGAGUGACCAAUGCGAUGGGGGUGGCAAUGCAACAGACAGCACAUCUGAGGCUUCAGAUUCAGCCAACACUGAGAGUCGAGGAUUUAAGACAAGUGGCUCCAGUGACUCUAUGGAUGCACUAGAGGAAGAUGAGUUGGAAGCUUGCUCUUCCUCCAGGCCAGAGUUCUUCCACUUCUACACACCAACAGUGCAGGAGAUGAACAACUCAGACAAGAGCUUCUUCCCCAUUAGUGCUGCAGGAGGCUCCAGCAGGGCAGAAAACAGAGACUACUUCUGUUUCUUGCAGGUACCACAUGUAGAGGAGCCUGGGUGUGAAGACAGCCCCUCUGAGCAGAGAGGGGAGGAUGUUGGUGCGCCCAUGCUGGAGACCAAGCUGUCUGAGAGAAACACCAUGGGCUAUUACAGCCUGUGCUACAGCACAUCCCCCAGAGGCAGCGUGGAGAGGAGCAACAUCAGUCACAGCCCUCCCAGAAGUCCUUGGAAAGAUGGGUCUGCCCAGGAAAAGGCACCAUGUGGAACAGAGCAGACGGCAGAGGGGAGUGACCUCAUUUUGGAGCCGCCCCCGGGCUUUGGUGACACCAGCUCUGAGGAGGAGUUCUAUGAUGCUGCAGACAGGCUCAGCCCUCCGGAUGCCCUGGCAGCAGGCUACAGUAUGACGUCCUGGGAGGGUACAGACAACUCCUCCUCCUGCAUCCUAAAUAAACCAAGGUGUUACAGCUUGGGGGAAAACCUGAUGACAAGGCAGACAGCAAGGGAGAAACACAGAAAGGAGAAGGAGCUGACAUACGCUAAGAGCCUGAGGAAGAGGAGAUCUUUCCUGAAAACCGAUUACACCUCGCAGGUCACUUUCCCCUUGGCUCUGCCAGGCUCUCUGCAGAGUUGCUGCUCUUGGCCACCACCAGCCCCACUCCUUGCUCAGCCCCCCACUCCACCCUCCUCAGAGGACAUCAAGAAGGAUGCAGAGCUGGGAUUUCCUGCUACCACCCAGGCCCAGAGAGACACUGCUAGCACAAACCCACCCUCAGACCUGAUGGAAAUGGAGCCUGACACCAUGGAAACAAAAUCAGUGACUGACUCAGUGGUUUCUUCCAUUUCAGCUGUUCGCCUGCAGGGUGACCAGCACAGGGAGGAAAGUGCAGGCAUUGACAUACAUGUGGACGGUGGCCUCCAACCUGCACAUGCUGUACAUCCACCUUUUCUGUUCCUGGAGGAAGCAGUGCCCCUUCCUGGGGCACAAAGCAGAGCUGCCCAGGAAAGUUCCUCCAUGAAGACAAAUACUGGGUGGCUGAGUGAGGAGAGCUGUGUGGCCACUGAAGGCUGGCUGGCCCGAGUGGCACUGGAGGAGGUGGGUGAAGUGAUGGCCCAGCACAAGGCUGGUGAUGUAUCCCCAUUCCUGGGCCAAGAGGUGACCUGCCCUGCUAACGAACACACACUGCUGCCAUCAGAACAUGGCCCCUGUAUGGCCUCUCCCCGUGAGGUGGCCCAGGACCAGGAACUCCUCCCCACAGCUGGGAGGCAAGCGCUGUGUGAGGAACCUCUGCCAGCUCCCUGUGAAGAAAGAAAAGCUAAUUGUGACAACUGUGCUGAAAACAGCAGUGACAAUGCCUUGUCACAAGCAAAAAGCAGACCAGUGAUAAACAAGGAGGCCUUACAGAAAGUGCACAAUAAAAAUCACCUGGGUUUUCCAGAUGCAACUCAGCUCUUAACAGACUGCAGCAGCACUUCAGGGGUUGUGACUCGCCUCUCCUGGCUCUCAUUUGGAGUGAGGACAGACCUCACAUCACCCAGCCCAUCUCAGGAAAGGGCAGAUAUCCCACUAGAGCUUUUGGCCUCUCAGAAUACCAGUGGGUGCCUGGGGGCUGAUGCUCUCAGAAGGGAGAUGCAAACAUCCCCAGCUGGACCACCCUUUGAGAAAGAGUUGGUAAGCAGCCAGUGGCUGGAUGAAGAAAAGGCCAGAAAAGAUACAGGAAAUGUGGCUCUCAGACAGCCACGGCCUGUUCAGACUCCUCUUCCCAGAGAGCAGGCUGCUGACAUGGGGAAAGACUCUCCUCUGACUCUAGGGCUUUCCGUCUCCUCAUGCCCAAUUCCCUUGGGCUCGUUGGGGAAAACUGCAGGAGACCAUGGGGCUUCAAAACACUCCUUCCUCUGCUUUAACCACAAGAAGGAUGGGCAGACCCCUUCUGACCCCAUCAUGACCAGGUCCUUGGGUUUUUCCACAAUGAAGAACACAUCUGUGCCACAGCUUAGGACGGACAAGUGCAGCUGUCAGCUGUCCUAUAUCAGCUGCUUCCACAGGCCUGAUGACAAGGGGGAACGUGAAACCACCAUCCCCAUUUGCAACACAUUUCUGGGGCCCCUCACCACCCCACCAUCCAGCAGCUGCAGUCUUCCUGGGACUCCUGUGAGCAGUUACCCAGUCUCCAUUGCUAGGGAUGUGGCAUGGUGGGACCCUCAUGUCCAAGCCCUCAGCCAGCUGAAGGACCAAGCAUGGAUGAGCCCUGCAGAUUUUUCCCGCUUCCUAGCCUACACCACAGAGCUUCAGGAGGUUGUGGGGAAGCUCUCUGGGAACAAAGCAACCCACCUGCAAGAUCAAUGUGCAGAGCAGGGUGCUGAGAGCAAGGGUGCCCUUGGCUUAGCCUCCCGGGACCUGCUCUCCAGUUGCCAGGAGCUCCUGAGAACAGAACAGCCCCUCAAAGAGCUGCAGGCUGCGCUGAGGGUGACAUUUGACCACCUCGUUCAGCUGGCAGUGGCCUGCUUCCAGGUGACACACUGCCAGCUCUGCAGGCAGAGGCAGCAGGAGCUCGGGGCUGCGCUCAUGGACGUGGUGGGCACCUACCACCAGCUUGUGCAGGCUGUACACCAGCAGCUUCGCCGGCAAGGCUGCCCAGAUCUGGGUACCAAGCUCCUCGCCCGCCAACACACAGCCCUUACAGCUGCCAUGUUUUGUCUCCUGCAGCAGGUCAGGGUACCCCCGUUGGUGUGA